CUCAGGUUAACAUGAUUGGUACGCAAGACUAAAACAUGUUCUUGAAACAGAGAGGUUGGACUGACUGAGCUCUUCAGUAAACACAGAGGAAGAAGGAGAUUAGCACAACUUCUAUGCGAUCAGUAAAGGUCCCAGUAACAUCAUGGAGCAUAAUUUCCAUUUAUAUCCCAUUUACUUGAUGCUCUUGGUACUUGGUUGGCUCAAGACACCCAUCUCUGCUCAGACAGUGGGAAUCGCAACACCUGUUGUAAUAAAGCCUGAGGAUGGAAACGUCACUGUCGAAACUUGGAACAGCACUAUUCCACCAUAUGCUGACUUCCCAGUGACAAAUUACACACUGAAGAAUUUUUUACAAUGUGCUGGACUACCUACAAACAUGUCUCAUAGCAGCCCUGAACAUAUAUGGAAUCUCAAAGGAAUUAUAGAAGCAGCUUUAGAUGUCUACUCCUUCAUGAGGUCCACCUUUAGUCAGGAGCCUAUUGUGGAAAUGCUAGGCACCCUCAUUAUGAACCCUGAUGCCUACAUUUUUCAUAAUGUUGACUUGGUCAAAAUUUGGUUCCAACUGAAGAUCAGGCCACUGCUUUCAACACUGACCCCACAGUUUUUGUCUUGUCUCAGCACCAAGAACUUCACUUGUGAGACGUAUCAGAUCGUGGUACAAGAGUUGAACUACCACUUUUCAACCAUGGACCCAGUCAGACAGAAGUGGAUCUAUUUAUCUUUUAUGUACCCCUUCCUUGCUGGAAACAAUUCAGCAGGCUGUGUAUCCCAAGGAGACUCCAGUGAAGACUGGCUUAUGAAGAACUUUGGGGCAUUUUCUGCUAUGGCCCGAUUUAAAGACUUCACAACUCUAAACAUUGUCUUCAAUGGACUGGAAGUUCUCCAUCUACUUACUGCAGAGCAGAAAGCAGAGAUUCUUCUACACCCUGAAAUUGCAAAUCUGGAUAACAGUAGCCUCAGCAUGAUCUUUGAGAGCCUGUUAAACCCUUUCUUAGGAAAUCAGCUUCAGAAUGGCUCAAUAUCUAUGCAUAAUAUGACCACACCGGCAUCCAUGUACCAUAUGACUACACUGGGACCCAUGACAACUCAACAAAACAGUUUGAAACAGACCUUUAAUGGGUUCCUGAAAUUCCUGAAACCACUGGGAAGUUUUGUCAAGGAAUUUGUGUCUCUUACUAAGGGAAAUUUGACAGCCAUGAAGAGCACCACACUAACCCAAGCUCUCCUGAACUGGACCUUAUCGGAACUUGCUGGGCACUUCGCUGAAAACGUGUCAGCUGGGAAUGACAUUUUGCCCACCUCAGCUGUAUUAAUAGACAACUUUGACAUAACAAACAUUAAUGACUGGUUCCAACAUGUAGUGGUACCUGUGCUAAAACGAUUCCUACCUGUAAAUCAAACAGAAAUCCCUAACAAUCUGACUGCCGUUUUCCACCACCUCUUCUCUUUAAAUAAUGACAUUGAUCCCCAAGUCUCUGGUCCCCCAGAUGUUUGUACUAUUACGCUGAAAGAUUCACAGGAAACCAUCUGCUCAAUGCCCAAUGCUCUUGCAAAUUUGACUCGCAUGUUAAGAUGUAUCACUCAUGCUGAUCUGAGCCUCACAGAAGAAAAUAUAAUUGCGUUACUUACUGAACUCUCGGCGGUCCUUAACUCAAUGAUACAAGACUAUUCCUCACUGAAUUUCAACAGUGCCGAGCCCCACAUUGUAGAUGUCUUUGGAUGGCUCCAGACAGACAGCUUCACUGAAGAAAACCUUCAAGACGUCUCCUUCAUUAGACUCUGGUUCCAGAUCAAGCUCAAGCCGCUUUUACCAUCAGUAUCUAACGAGUUCCUUCUCUGUCUCAGCACCAAGAACUUCACCUGUGAAACUUUUCAAGCCCUUGUACUGGACCUGAGUGAUAAUAUAUCACUGAUGAAUGGAAGACGACAGCUAUCAGUCUAUACCUACUUCAUUCAUCCGUUUUUGUCACAUUACAACACUUCAGAUCCAAGCUGCAUUUCCCAAACAAACAACAGCCUGGACUGGUUGAUAAAAAAUUUUGGGAAAUUUUCAGUCUUUGUGCCUGUACAUGACUUUUUUGACAUGUACACAAAUUUCUCAGCGUUGGAAGCCCUGGAAAUUCUCACACCAAAGCAGAUGGCAGAAAUGAUUCUAUUGCCCUUGACUGGACCAGCAGACAAAAACGUCAUCAACGCAGUUUUCAACUACUUGCUGGAAUCUCCCCGGGAAAGAAAUCUUAAUGAAGUUUUGAAUUUCCUUGCUAUGUUGUCCACAGAGAUGACUAUCAGCUGUGACACCAAUCAACUCAUCUUCAACAAUCUUAACCAGGCAUUGUCAAGUGUGCCAAGGGACAUUGAGCCAGUAAUUUGGUCCACCUUAACUGAGCUAAUGUGGAGAGCUCCCACAGGUUGCAUUCCUGCGUGUCUUACCAUACCAGUUAAUGAGACAAGAGUUUGUACUGGAGUUAACAGCACUAAACUGCAACUAUUCCUGAACACUGGGGGCAGCACAAAUACGCUCUGUAAUUUCAGCAUUGAACAGUACGCAUGUGCGUCGAUUUCAGAAAUCACACCAGAAAACCUGGCCAGCCUGCUGAAAUGCAAACUAACUGACAAUAGCACCUCCUUCAAAGAGACUUGGAAACUAUUCUUCACAAAAGUCAGUGGAGUCCUGGACAAAGCCCUCAGUAUCUUCUCAAACAUGUCUAUGAACAUCAGCAAGCCAGUCAUGUCUGACAUCCUUGACGUAAUUGGAGACAUCAGAAUAAACAUUUUCAGCGGAGAACAACUGAUGGAUGUAAAUUUUACAAACUACUGGUUUCAUGGAAAUUUAAGACCAUUUUUGUCAUCUGCAUCUGGAGAAUUUUUGAGCUGUCUCAGCAACAAAAACAUCACCUGUGAGAUAUAUCAGAAUGUGUUAAAGGAGUUCAACAAUGAGUUUCUUAACAUGGACCCGUGGACAAAAACUUCGGUCUAUACAUAUUUAAUAUAUCCAUUCCUGUCCAAGAACACAACAGAUCUUGCCUGCCUCUCAAAUACAAACGAUAGUAUGGAUUGGCUGCUCAAAAACUUCGGAAACUUUUCCGUCAUCGCCCCCCUCACUGACCUUUUGGCUCUGAACGAACACUUCUCACCAAUGGAUGCUCUGCCUCUUCUGUCAGUGAGCCAGUUGGCAGAAGUUGCCUAUACUCCUGGACAGCUGACCAGUUCCGAAGAUGCCAAUAAUCUAAUGGGUCAUAUAAGUAAUGCUGAACUACACAUUUUUUUUGAUCAAUUCUCCAGCGCUAUUCAGGGUGAAGAAAAUAGAAUUCCACCUUCUGUGCGGUCUGCAAUGCUCCAGCAAGCGUUUAUGAGAGCAAACCUUUCAGAACCAUCUGUCAGUGACACCGAGGUUCUGCUGUGGCUGCAGCUGAGACUCAGACCAUUGUUAAUAAACAUGUCAGUGGAUUACAUAGAACCCUACUUUACCACAGUGCAGAAUAGGAGCUGUACAACCGUACAACAAGCAGUUGAGCUGCUGUACUCCAUCCAGUCCACGCUGUCAGAUGACACACAAAAGAAAAUCUACAGUAAUAUAGUGACGUUACUGAAAGAACCAAGUCCAAUUCGCUGCUAUCAAAACAACAGUUUCUAUUCGUUCAUGGAGAGCUCCUUCCUUGGAUUCCAGUUCCCAAACUUAUCUACAUUCCUCUCAUUGGUGCCAGACACUGAAAAAUCAAUGCUGAUCAACUCCAUGUCACCAUCUGACCUUGGCAGCCUCCUCAGUCGGCCGAACAUUGUUGACAACAGCUCACAGCUCUGCACCAUUUUUAAUUAUUACUUCAGUACUCCUGAUUUCUUGGAGAAGGAAAAUGUCUCUGAUAGCCUGAGGCAACAAAUCUUGCCUUGUGUCUGGCCAAUGGCCCUAAGCAGUAAAACCAAGACUGACGUGGAAGUAUGGUUUAACAGCUUGAGCCAGUACAUGAAAUUUCUCAACAAGGACCUCAUCGGCUCUCCCAAACUUCUCAGUGCCAGCUGCCUGUCAUUUCAGAAAUUCGUUUUUGUUCUUGGAAAUGGUUACAACUACAGCAACAUGAACUUCAAUAAGGGCAAUGUUUACACUACCAUUAAGGACUACCUCAGCACUGGAACAAAACCCAAAUGCUACAACGCUACAAAUCCUGACCUGAACUCCACUGCUUGGUUUGUUGACUACAUCGGCGAGUUCAUCAACUUCACCACUCUGGAUGACCUCAACUCAUUCGGUUCUACACAGCUUCAGGUCUUUGCCCCAAACCUUGCAAACAUCCAUCUCUUCAAUCAAACUGGUUUUCAACAGAACAUCUCAUCAUUUUACACAGAACUCAUUUACUUACAGGACCCUAAUUUUGACCCUUUGCUACUUCCAAUGGAGUUCCGCUGUAGUGCCCCAGGCUCAUCAUACACACAACUGAACAAUGAAGAGGCUAUGACUGUUCUCAGAAACAUAAGCCACGUAUGUACUGAAGUCGACCCUCAGAUUACUGCAGCCUUGGCUGGAGACCUUGAAAUAAGUGUAGCUGCAAUCACAUCACUGGGCCAAGAAUGUUCAGGACUGACCACUGACCAGAUUAUAACAGCUCCUCCAUCUGUGAUCAUUUCAUCCCUUCCAAUACUACGUACAGUGAAUGGCUGGGACCUGGGGCAACUGAUAGCCAUCAUACAAGUUCUGGCUUCAGGGGGUCUUCAACUGAACAACAGUGUGGAACUUCUGGAGCUAGGAACGCUUGUUGUGGGAGUGCCCUCAACAGUUUUUACUCACACUGAUCCUUCUCAGCUUCUGCAAAUAUCCAAAAAUGCAUCGUUCAUUAUCAACAUUUUGAAUGCCCCCCCAAACACAAAGUACACUUUUAUUAACCAGAUUAUCACUGUCAACAGUGCCCCACAGGCUCUGUUAAUCAAUGUCCCAGAUGCCAUGGCAGAUGAAAUUUCAAGAUCUUUAUUAACAAAUUUCACUUCAGACACUGUUACAAUACAGAGAAUAAAUACGAAGAAAUGGAAGCCUGAACAGGCAGUUCUGUUCUUUCACACAGUAGCAGAUGCAAUGAGUGACCCUAAUAACAUUUCAGCAGAUGUGCUACAAGGAUUUACAUGCAGUCGAGUGCAGGCUUUCACAAAAAAUAAAGUAAUAAAUCUUAUCAAGGCGUGUCGCAAUAAUGGUGAGAAGAAAAUAGUUCUUCAGGAAACCCAGUUGACCUGCAUGUAUAACUGUAUCAAAGAUGGCAAUGCAAGUGCCUUCACACAAUAUCCAUCUGACAUACUGCUGUAUUACAACUAUGAACUAGUGCAAGCCAACUGCAGCUCAUAUUUUGUUGAGGUGGGAGCAGCAAACUUUGAUGUCAUAUCAGAUGCACUAUCUUAUAAGAAAGAUGCAUUACUACAGAAUGCAAAAAGCUGCCUGGGUAUCACUGGGACAAAAAUAAACAGUACAAACAUGGAGAUUUUAGGAAACAUGGUUUGCAUACUUGAUGGGUCCUACAUUGCAAAUUCUGAUCCACUGAUCCUGGAGAAUCUGAAAAACUGCAAAAGCUUCACUAGUCAACAGGUCACAGCAAUGGAGACACUCCUGUUUAAUGGAGCCACCAAAUACGGGGAUCCUUCGACGUGGAACAUAAAGACCCUGCAAGACCUUGGCAUUCUUCCGCUGUACUUAACAAGCAACUUCUGGGGCUAUUUCAAAACUUCAGAUAAAAGAACGUUCCUGAAAUCUUUCAUGAAAAAUUUGCGACAGAGAAACACCAAUAAGACGCAACUAAAACAACUUUUCACUGCAUGUAACAAGGCCUCCCGAGUAAAACGUGCAACAGGCUGCACCACUGGCAAUAUUACGGCAGUGACUAUAAGCGACGAAGCGUUUCCCUUCGGAUAUGACGCUAUCCAGUUCAACGCCUGUCUUACUGCUGAUGUUGUAAAGGCAAACCUAGCAGCCUUUGCUGAUAAAGUUGUUGAUGAUGGGUUUCUGACAAUUAUUUUGAACAAAUUAAAUCAGGCAUACAAUUCAAGUAUUGCAGAUGAACAGGUUCAGCAGCUGGGGUCAAUUUCUCGUGUGGCAUCUCUGGCUGACAUAAACAAGUGGAACAUCACCAAGAUUGACACUCUGGCUGCAUUGAUGUCCUCUUCUGAUGGAAAAUGGACACCAGAUCAGAGUAACCUCAUCAUUACAAAAUACUUGAGCACAAAAGGAAACACUCUGGGGACGGCUGAGCUGAACUCAAUCGGAGGGGUGAACCUGUGUGCUCUCAACGCCAGCGUUCUCAAUACUAUCAGCUCUAGCAGCCUUCGAUAUGCAGAUGUUUUGGAUGUAUCAAACUGCUCUACUAGCAACAAGGUAAUACUUUUCACUAUAGCCAAUAGUUUUUUCUCAAGUCCAACCAACAUCUCACUGACAAGUUACCAGCUCAUACAGCCAUACAUAGGUGGUGCACCUUUAUCCUAUGUAAAGCUUUUAUCUACAUCAAAUGUUAGCAUGGACAUCCCAACUUUUGCAAGUUUGGAUCCAAAUGUUAUAAUGGCUCUUACAGUGAGUGAUGUAAAAGGCCUUCUGGGUAACAACUUAGCUGAUCUGAAGACCUACGAGAACGUGACUGUGAUACAAAACUGGACUGCAACUCAAUACAAGUCCGUGCUCGAUACUCUCGGUUUGAAUCUCAUUGGGGGAAGAGCGGAUCUCACAACAACCGUACCAGGACUACAAAACAGCACUGGAACGACAGUGGCAACAAUAGUGUCAACAGUGAUGACAGCGACACCCACCACAAAGACACCCACCACAUCUGGUGCUGGACAAACAACCAAUGGCCAACAACCAACAACAGGAAAUCCUGUUCUACCAUUUACUUUGCUUGUCUUUCUUACUGCACUCCAGGGUACUACCAUGAUUUAACAAACAGGAUAUAUAGUAUUUAAAUGAUUACAAAAAUAU